AUGCAACGGUGGGUGACCGUGCCUGCAGAUAGGCCGCAGACAACACGAAAGAUGGCAAGAACAGCCAGAUGUCAGUCACCUUGGACGCUCGCCUCCACUUCAGGAACAAGAUGUUACAUGUGGUCUACAGAGUGGGAGAUCUCGACAAGAGCAUCGAUUUCUACACUAAUGUGCUCGGAAUGAAGGUACGUUCUCAUGGAUGGAGCCUGGGCUAGACGCAUGUGCACCACUUGAUGGAUAAGGACACUCCCCGGGUGCAUGCCUGCCUGCCUGCAGGUUCUGCGAAAACGGGAUGUCCCAGAGGGCAAGUAUACGAACGUCUUCCUCGGCUAUGGACCAGGUACUACACACUAGCCUACGUACUCCAUAGCAGCCUUUGUGUGUGCGUGUAUCUGUGUGCCAGAGUCGAAGGGCGAACACUUCUCUGUCGAGCUGACGUACAACUACGGGGUGGACAAGUAUGACAUAGGCAAAGUAAGCAGACAGACAGACAGACAGACAGGCAAGUGGUUGUCAGACGGGAGUGCGCCAUUCAUUGUGUAUCGACUCGCAUUGGCCAUGCGUGCAUCCCCCCACCCACCCCAAAUGUGUGUGUGUCGUGCGGUCGGUGCCGUGCUGUGCUGUGCUGUGCUGUGCAGCUGGGUUUUCUUGGUCUUGGGGUGUGCCUGCCCGAGUUGCAAGCAGUGGAGUCCAGCGUGGAAGGUCACCACGGGAGGGUCAUCAGGAAUGUGGAGGAGCUCGAAAUAACCCCCUCUAUGAUACCAGAUGAGCCCGUACGUACGUACGUAUAUAGUAUGGACACCCAUAUUCGGCACCCAUACAUCACUCACAGACUUACUUGCCUCGGCAGCUCUGUCUGUCUGUCUGCCGUCGUGUUAUGUAUGGUUCUGUCUGUUGUGUUGGCUCCCUCCCUGUGUGUGUCCUGUCUGUCUGUCUGUCUGUCUGUCUGUUAGGCUGAGCAGUAUAGGCUGUGGACGAUGGCCACAGCUGAGGACCCGGACGGCUAUCAGAUUGAACUGCUACAAAAGCCACAGAGAGACCCCAUGCACCGGGUAUGUAUGUAUGUACCCACUCACUCAGUGUAAUGCACAUACAUACAUACACACUGAGGCACUCACUCAUCACAUUCCCCUAUUUGCCUUGCUUUGUUUAUUUACUUCCUUGCUUGAACUGCACUGUGUGCUGUGCAGGUCCGUCUGCACGUCACGCGUUUGGAGCCAGGCAUCGCCUUCUACACAGAGGUGCUCGGAAUGAAGGUGGGCCUGCACUGCACUGCACUGCACUGCACUGCACGCCAGUGCGCGAGGCAAGGCUAGUGACUGGUCCGGCGGGACAGACACCUAGCUUGUCUUUCUUCCGUCCCUUUCUGAUGGAUGGGUGGUGUGCUGUUGAUGGAUGUCUGUCUGCCACCAGCUUCUUCGAAAACGUUCUCUUUUGCCAGAGUGGCCGGCCAUCUCUGUCUGGCUGGGAUACGGUGACGAUGAAUUCGACCAGACCCUCCUCGAACUCAUAUACGAAUUCAGCACCCAGGAGGUGAGUGAGCCAACACUAACGCUAACAUCGCUGACCGACGGGUAUUUGCUUGUACUCGGUAUGUGGGUCUGUCUGUCUGUCUGUUUAAUCCAGCUUGACGUUGGUGACGGCUAUGGCCAGAUAGCCAUCUCCACCCCGGACGUCUAUGAAGCGGCCAAAAUCAUCGAGGCCAAAGGUAAGGUAGGGGGCUUGGUCAGGAUACCUAGCUGGCUUGUUGGCCAGAACACUUGCAUUGCAUGCAGCCCUUUUAUUUAUUAUCGACAAAUGGGGGGGGACAGACAGGCCAUGUCGCUCAUGGAGGGCAUCCAUCCCGGUCCAUCCAUCUACCGAUGUUGAUGAUGUCUGUCUAUGAUUUGUUGUCUUGUAUGCAGGGGGAGAGAUAUCGCGGGCUCCUGGCCCUGUGCCAGGCAUCGGGACCAAGAUCGUGGCGGCCAAAGACCCUGAUGGUGGGUGGGUACCUACCGUAACGCGGAACCAUUGCAAUGACCGAGUGAAUGUCCCUCGGCCGGCGUGUCUGUGUUCUGUGUGUGCAUGUCUCCAGGGUACAAGGUUGUGCUGGUGGACGAGAAGGACUUUGAGGCAGAGUUCAACGAGUGAGGGGUCACUCACUCACCUGUCAGCCAGGGGCGACAGGGCGGGAGGGAGAGAGGCAGGCAGGCGGGCAGCCGGGUCAACGGGUAGGUCUUUUUCUAGUCUGUCUGCUAAGUGAAGUACAGCCAUAAUUCUGCCCGUCAGUGCAGGUAGGUAGGUGACCCCUGACUUGCUGAGUAAGCAUCGAUCGAACGUACGAUGUGUGUCCUGCCACGGUAGAGACGAGACGUGUAUGAAUGAAUGGCCGGAUGUAUGGAUGUAUGUAUGACACACACGUCCAAUGCAUAUUAUGUCAUGUCAGCAAUUCUGUCAUUCAUGAAUCAAGGAAGCAG